CUGCUCUUCAAACGCCGAUAAACGCAACGUUCAUCUUUUGCCUCCUCUCGAGUCUCUGCUCGCUCUCUCCCCCUCGCAGUUCCCCUGUUCUUCUUCCGCUUCCCCCAUGGCUACGGUAUCUGCUGCCUCUGUCCGGUUCGCAUCGUUGAAGCCAGCUAGCCGGAGUAACCAGGCAAAUGGAGUUACUUCAGGUGUGAUGCUUGUCACGAUUGGCACAUCAAAGCUCGGCUUUCCCUCCUUGAGAUCCUCGCGUUUUCGGGUUCAUUGUGCCGCCAAGCCGGAGACGGUAAACAAAGUGAUAGACAUUGUGAAGAGGCAAUUGGCACUUUCCGACGAUACGAGCCUCACUCCAGAGUCCAAGUUCUCUUCCCUUGGUGCAGACUCACUGGACACGGUGGAGAUUGUGAUGUGUCUGGAGGAGGCGUUUGACAUCAGUGUUGAUGAAGACAACUCUCAGAACAUCACCACGGUUCAAGAAGCAGCAGAACUGAUAGAGAAGCUUGUUCUGCAGAAAGCUGAGGCUGCUUAGUGAAUGGUAUACAGCUUAUUUGUGCUCAUGUUGUGGUGGAAAUUUUGGAUUGUUUUGUGGGUGGCGCAAUUCAUGGAAAUGGACAUGAUUAUGUUGUUUAUUUUUCGACUUGUUCUGCAUUGUGCAAUUCACCGGUCAAGAAAUGUUGAGAUAGUUUUAUUUCAGACAGAUUAAUUAGAUUGUUGAUGCUGAUA